AUGGAUGAGUUGAGGAACUAUAUCGAGACUCAUUCCGAGAAGAUUCUUGGUGUUGCAUUCGCGCGGACCUUGCACAGUCACGUCCCGGGCCUAUGCUCACAGCUUUGGGCAGAACUGGAUAUCCUACCAAUCCUUCUAGAGGAGGAAUCGGACAUCGACGCUUCCCCCGAGAACGUGACCCGGGUUCAUUUUGAUAGAAAGCCUCUCGAUGAACAAGCUGAAUCGCUUUCUAGAAAGUGCAUAAGGUAUACAUUUGACCUUAUGCAUAAGCUCGACAUCCUCUUGUGGAUGUUCGGCGUGGCACAUGAGACUGAUCAUAAAUCGACAGAUUCUUUGGACCGGCCAAAUUGCCUCUUAUACAUGUUGGAUUCCAUGGUAGAGUUGAAGUGGAUUCUGCAUUCCAUAUUCGACUGGCAGAUCGGAGCUCAUUUCGGCGAACCCGCAACCCCCCAGGGUGGCGGUGUUGCACUUAUGCGUCAUGCGCUUCUGCGUCUGGCACACGAGUUAGAGGUUGAUUUCAAAUGGUAUGUACCGAAGCCACGACCGGGUGUUUUCCGUAUUACGAAGACCAAUCACAAUAUUCUGCAAGGGGUAUCCGACUCCUCGGAACGAUUGAGCUCUGACAGCCAGCAGCAACUAAUCGACUGGAUUGAAGACAACGCUGAAAGAUAUUGGACACAGCGCGGGGGUCCUCUAUGUCGCACUUCAGACGGUGGGGCUGAUAUUGUUAUUGUUGAUGAUUCUCAGAUGCCUCGCCUUGUGUCAAUUGCAAAGGAGAUUGAUCGACAGCGUCCGGUCAUAUUCCGAAGUCAUAUUCAAUUGAGGAGCGAUCUCAUCGCAGUCCCAGGAAGUCCACAGGAAGAGGUGUGGAAUUUUCUCUGGGAACAUCUUCGGGAAGCAGACGUCUUUAUAAGUCAUCCUGUGGCUAGGCUUGACGGUCUAAACAAAGAGAUGAGGGAGUAUGACACAGCAUUUUACGGGUGUCAAUUCAAUCAAUUAUGCAGAGAUGCGGAAAUGACUGUUGUUCAGUACCCUGACGACGACCCCGAUGGAUUUAUUAUCUACGAUGCCGCUCUAAGGUAUAUCGCGAACAGCAUGCCAUAUCUUUCGACCAUGAUUUCUAUCAUGCGGCUAGGUCCCUCUGACCAAAUUCUGAACACGCUUCUAUCUAAAGCCCAUAUUGUCUUACAGCUGUCAUCACAAGAGGGAUUUGAGGUGAAGGUUUCAGAGGCAUUGCACAAAGGAAAACCUGUUAUUGCAACUCGGGCAGGAGGGAUACCUUUGCAAAUUGACCAUGGGACAACCGGAUACCUAGUGGAUGUCGGAGACACCGACAGCGUCGCCCAGUACAUGCUAGAUUUGUGGACAGAUGAUGACCUUUAUGACCGAAUGUCUGCUAAUUCGUCAAGACAUACUUGUGACGAGAUAAGCACUGUUGGAAAUGCCUUAAACUGGCUCUUUCUCUCCUGCAAGUUAUCUCGGGGAGAAAGAUUACAGCUCAAUCAAAGGUGGAUUCAGGAUUUGGCGAGAAUGGACGUUGGCCGAGAGUAUAACGCAGCUGAAAAGAGGUUAAAGCGAUCAAUUGCCUAA